UUGAGAGAGCGAGGAGAUCAAGGAACAGAACAAUGGGGAUAUUACGUUACAUGUGGAUAUUAGUUUUGAUGAGUGUCGGUUCAACGCGUCAUGGUCAUCGAAAACCAAGAAAUGAGGGUGAAGAACAGGUGGAAAAUUUACCAAAGGAUUGCAGUGAAAUCCCACGGUACAAAGACAGUGGUGUCUACGUCAUACAUCCUACAGGCUUGCACCCGCUGAUUGUGUACUGUGACAUGACUACAGAGAGUGGGGGUUGGAUUGUCAUUCAGCGCAAUAGCUUCAACUCAGAGAUAUCCUGGGAUGAAUCUUGGACCACUUACAAAUAUGGCUUUGGUAAUGUGGAGAAGGACUACUGGUUAGGCUUAGAGUAUCUCCAUCACAUUACUAAGCAGAAAGUCUAUCAGGUGCGGUUUGUGAUUCUAGACAAUAACAAUGAAGAGAAAUAUGCUGAUUACAACCUCUUCAGUGUGGAAGAUGAAGCUAAUGGUUACAGGGUAAGAAUGGGCAGCUACACAGGUACAGCAGGAGAUGCCAUGUCUUCAGUUCAACCGUCAGCCACACAUGACAACAUGAAGUUCACAUCCAAGGACAAAGACCAAGAUAUCUAUAGUGCCAACUGUGCAACCGGUCUUGGUGGUGCAUGGUGGUAUGCUGCCUGCUAUGCUGCCAAGCUCAACAACAAAAAUGGUAUUUAUUGGCACGGACUGUGUACUAACAAUUGCCAAGGAUCCACGGUAAUGAUCCGUCCAGCAGAUUACUGUGUCUACCUAUAAAAUUUACAAAGCAGGAGGAUAUUGGGCUUCACUUCUGUAGCACUUUCAUGCAAUAUUUUGUGUCUGUGGACACUUAUGAACAAGAUCUGAAAGAUGGACACUCCGGAAGAUUAAUGUUCUUCUCUAUAUAUGACAGAUUUAUGUAUUAAUACAAUGUACAUUGAA